AUGCUCACGCCCAUCAUUCUCGGAGCGGACAAGACCACGGUGUCCGUUGCCACAGGGAACCAAGAGUACCAUCCCGUUUACAUGUCUCUUGGUAACAUACACAACACUAUGCGUCGCGCCCAUCGUGAGAGUGUCAUCCCAGUCGCGUUCCUGCCCAUUCCGAAAGCGCUACAUGGGUGGGAGGACGACGAAGAGUUUCGACUCUUCAAGAAGAAACUCUACCACGCAUGCUUGGCAGCGGUUCUUGAACCACUGCGUCCCGGCAUGGAGGCUCCCGGACAUGUGCUGCGCUGCCCCGAUGGCCACUUCCGCAGAGCCAUCUUCCAAGUUGGGCCGUUCAUUGCGGAUUACCCAGAGCAGGUAUACCUUUCCGGUAUCGUCUCCGGAUGGUGUUUCGCAAUUCCGAACGGAAAUUUCCAGAAGGGUGACCCUCGAACACACCAAGGGACGUCAAAGAUGUGCGAUACAUAUACACAUGCGGAGCUGUGGGAUGCGUGGGGAAUCAAUUCCGACAUACAGCCAUUCACGAAAUACUUCCCUCGAGCUGAUAUUCACGAGCUCCUCACACCCGACCUUCUCCAUCAACUAAUCAAGGGGACUUUUAAAGACCAUGUCGUUGCUUGGGUCAUCGCCUACAUCAAGCAAACAAACCCUGAUGAUGAAGCGAAAGCAAUACUCGAUGAUAUCGACCGAAGAAUUGCAGCUGUGCCUCCUUUCCCUGGUCUGAGGCGCUUUCACGAGGGUUGGAAGUUCAAGCAAUGGACGGGAGACGACACAAAAGCGUUAAUGAGGGGCACGUACCCAACAAGAUGGUUCAAUGCGUUGCGGCUCUACUCGACUUCUGCUACCUGGCACGGCGGUCGUCCACUUAAGGUCCCGGAGUUACCCCGAUCAAGUCGGUACCGUUCACCCGGGCUCGGCCGGACUCACCCGGUUACCUCGGCAGAGUCGUCCGGCCGGACUCACCUGGUUUUCCUGGGGGAGCCGUUCGGCCGGAUCCGGUUGAAGGUGUAUGUAAAGCUUCAAUUAGGUAGCUUGGCAUUAUGA